AUGCGCGAAGUUGUGUUGAAACCAGAGCCUUCCAAAAAGGAUCAUGAUGAUACCCACCAGAAUUUGAAGAAGGGAAAGAAAAAGGCAGGAAGUAGGUUUGCUUCGACCAGGCGUUAUGCUAGAAUCCCGCUUAAAAUUGUCGCCGCCUUAGCCACUGUCUAUGUGUGUAUGUUGUCUUCGGAGCGAUAUUUAAACUGCUGGGUGCAGACCUCCAUAGAAAGGGCCGACAUGCAUGUGUCUCAGAUCAAAUUUCCAGCAGUGUCAAUUUUUCCGGUUAAUUUCACCAGUCUUAAUAAAUCGACCAAAUCGCAUCGAUUCGCCAGAGCCUACAAUUUAGCCCAGUCCGUUUUCUGGCAGACUCCGAUAUCAGCUCGCCUGACGGAUGACAACUUCACGGAGUUUCCCGAAUUCGACGACUUGUCCCUCUUGACAUGGGGAGACCCAGACAACUGGAAGCUAAAUUGCAGAAAUUUCUUUUCUGAGUGCCAAUGGCGCCGCAAGGCUAUGAAUUGCUGUGACCUCUUCCGGCCAGGAAAAUCGUUCAAGGCGUUUGCCUUCGAGUUCAACUCGGUGCUUUCCUUAGGAAGGGACGAAACUUGGCCAUGGUCCGUGGCCGCCUCGGGUGCCUUAAGCGGCCUCAAUGUGAAGAUCAAACGGCAGCACAGUCACUUUAAUUUAAAUAUGGUGGGAGUUUUCGUACAUGAACCCACUCAGUACAUGGGCAUGAGCGUCGACUAUUCCUCGGAGGAUCGCAUUGUGAUUCCGGUCGAACCACUGCAUUUCACAGCCGAAAUAGAAGUCAAGACCCUUCCGCUUGAAAAGCGUCGGUGUUACUUGGAGGACGAAGUCUUACUGACCGAACAAUCCCGCUCGGAAUGCAUCCACAGGUGCCAUAUUAAGUACAUUAUUAGAAAGUGCAACUGCACUUUGAAUUUACCAGUUAAAGCCGAUAUCAAAGAGAACAUUACCGAUGCAAAAGACAGCAGCAGUCGCAGGAAUUGUGGUAUUAAGGACCUAUCCUGUUUUAAUAAUAACCGAUUUUCUCUCUUUUCCACGAGCAACAUAAUCGAAGAGUCCAGGGAUAAUGUAUUUUCCACCGUUGAUUGCGGCUGUUUUCCUAGGUGUGAUCGCACCCAAUACCAUUCGACUACCUACACCGAAAGAUUGAGCACCCACACUAGCCAUGCCACGGAAAUCGAAAUCGAUGUGUAUUUUCAGGAGGAGACCCUCUUUUCCUACCGCUCGAUGCUUGGGUUCACCCUGAUCGAUUUGAUGGUUUCCUAUGGAGGAAUAGCAGGCCUGAUCAUGGGCAUUUCUGUUUUAGGCUGUUUUAAUAACUUCUUGGAUCACUUUGCCUGUUGUCGUCUACCCCAUGACUCUUAAUGAAACUAUAAAAUCCCAGACAUCAGCAGCUGUAUUCUCACGUUUCCAAACUUACCUGUACUCGUAUCACACACAAAUACACUAAAACUCUUGUUCUUGGGGUACACACAAAAAUAAAUCCAGAAAAUAAAUAAAUAAUAUUAAACUCCCUGCACAACUCCAAUCAGAUAUAACAAAACUUGAAGGUAUAUAAAGUCAAAGGAGUCAUUUUUCUUAAAGUCAACAAUCCGCAGUACAAGAAUCUUCCAGAAUUUAAAUACUUUGUGGAAAAUUAUCGCAGCAAGUGCCAUAACGAAAAGUAAGUCUUAAGAAUUCGCAAUCUAUUUUCUUUUAAG